GAGGGGGUUGGCGAUGCGGCCAGCUCACCCAUAAACUUGUUCAAGUGAUUUAUGAGGUUUGGUCAGCGUGGAUGGGGGUGGGCCAAGGCGGAACUGUGGCCUCUAAUUGGAGCAGGGAAAGGAGGAUGUCCUUGUGUUAAUAACAGCCUUCGCCACCAGCGCUCCCCAUGAGCUCCAAGUCCGCUCAGCUACUGGGGUUUCUGUCCAGCUGGAUAUCAAAUCCCUCCAGGUGACAGGGACCCCUGUGGGUCUCACACAGGCACCUCCAGGAGGUGCAGACACAAGUAGUCAGAGGGUCGAAGGUGUUUCCUCAUGGAUGGCGAGCACGGCGUCUCCCACCGCUUACGGGAGGAGGCUGAGGUUCCCAGGCACCUGAGAACCGAGAACUGCAGGGAGGAACUUCUGCCCUAGGGACAGCUGGAAACCAGUAGAAUGUCACAUAGGCUGUGGCUCUUAAACCCACUGGAUCUUCUCAGUGGCCACGUGGUGCCAGCCCCAGACAGUGGCCAGGCCUCCUUGGUGGUGGGGUCUUCAGGGUCCUUCCUGCUUCUUCUGGCUCUGCCCACAUGGCAGACAAUUCUUCACCCAGUGAGACACUGAGCAGCCAGGACAGAAGCGUCUGCCGAGCCGGCAGCAGGGCCCUGAGCCAGGCCUUGCCCCUGAGGUUCUCGGCUCCAACAGCAAACCCAGAUAUGAUGGUGACGGAGCCAGUGUCGCCCCAGGUGUCCAAGCGUCCCGAUGGUAACUAGGGCAAGACCACCCUGCCUGCGAAUUGCUUCUCCCAAAUAGACAAACAGCAAUGUGGUGGGCUUCGAAGGGCCUGCUCUGCCGGGCAUGUGGAAUCCUGGCCACGACUCUCUUGAGUUACCAGGAUGGGUCAGGGCACCAGACCCAAGGCCAAGGGCACCACUUCUCCCAGGCUCAGCAGGGAGAGUGAAAACAUUUAGGGAAAAAAGACCUGGCCCAGGGCCAAUGUGCUGCCAGUGCCCCGGCUUUCCCAGCUGUGUACUUGGGGGUAUGCCCUUGUCUUUUCCAAAAUGGGGACUGGCAGGAGUCAUGGAGGGACUGAGAAGAGCUGGAAACAGAUGGAAAGUCCCAGACCUAAUGUGGAGGCUGGGGAAGCAGCUGGGCCGGGCAGGGCGGGGACGGGGGCCUGUGUGCUUUUGCAGGACGUGCACAAAGGUAAGAGGCUGUGCCCGGGAUGCUGUGACUGCCUUGUGACAGCAACAGGGGAUGGAGGAACCUCAGAAGCCCCAUAACACCCUGCCAGGAGCUCAGCAGCCCAGGCUUAGCGGCGUCUGCCUCCUCCUCUGUCCUGCCUGCAAAUGCCCAAGACCCCAGCCCUCCCAGGGCCACCUCAACGCGUCUGUGUGCCAGACCCAAGACCCCUCCCGACCAGCAUUGUCACCGCCUCCCACUGUGGACACCGGCAGAGCCAAAAUCUAGAAAGCAUCGGAGCACAUUCCUCUCAGCUCAGCCCCGAGUGUUGAGCGACACUGACCCACUUCCAGCCACACCUGAGAACUAAGGAUGCAGACCCUCUGUGACGGCUGCAGGCUGGAACCCCAAGGCGCAGCAGCCAGCCAGGGAAUACUCUCCCCAAAACGUGAGACUCGAAACAGCAAUCCCCACAGUUGGUGGUGGAUCUGGACUGUGCAGUGCCGGGGUCUGGGAGACAACACAGCAGGCUCAGUCAUUCCUGCCUUGGGGGCCCUUUCCAGGCCAAGGCCAUCUCUACAAGGUAGAGAGGGCUUAGCCGGGGGCUGUGGGCAGAGAGGGCUCAGCCGGGGGGGCACGUACCAUCCCUGAGUGGCACUCUGUCGCCCUCCCGGGUAAACCUGGUGCCCAUCUGGGGCCAUCUCUGGUAGCAUCGGCUGAUGUUGAGCCAGUGCUCAGCAGGGCAUGUGACUGAGAGGGAUCUUGCCCCUCUGCAGAGCCAGGAGAGAGCCUCCCAGAUCCUGUCCCAGGGCUUCAAAGGGCCAGCCUUGAGGACAGCCACGCCUCUACCAGGACCCCAGGCUGUGCAGGUCAGCAGGGAUGGGCCCACUUGUAUUUCCCAGGACUGGCGCCUGUGGUCUGCCAGUUCAGCGAGGAGGGAACCCUUCCCGUGCAGGGUGGUCCUUCUGUUGUGAAUGUGGUUGCACGGGACAGCCAGAAAGGCGUCGGAGGAUGACUCACCUCACAGCCUGGGACCCGCCUGGAAGAUGGCCUUCGAGGGGGGCACCCUCUGCCUGUGCCCGCUAUCGAACAGGAGCAGGGUCGGGAUGGCGCCUGCCCCUGCCCCAGGACACUCUCCCUGUCCCCAAGCACAGGCCUCAGGUGACUUUCAGCAGGACCUGCGGGGUGACCUUGAUGUGGGCAGGGAGGAGCUCCAGGGCCUGGGUCAACAGGUUUUGAAGGAGGCCUCAGGGCCCCAGGCCAUGCCCAUGGGUCAGUGCCUCCGUCCACACCUACUGCCUCAGGGAGCCCGGGGUCUCUGAGAUGACUGCAAGCAAGCUGUGUGGUGGCUGCCACAGUUUCCAGAGAAAUGGAGAUUUAAAAGCCACACCUGCCCUGGCACACGUUUGACUCAGUUUCCCUCUGGGGGGGUCCCCUCUAGGAAAAUCCUUCAAUAAUCAAGUUUUUGUUGACUCCCAUCCAGGGAUUAGUAGUGCCCACAAAGCCAUGUGUCAACCAGACACGUCUACACCACACAUCAACAACGAGUGUACAACACGUGUCUACACCACCCAUCUAUCCCAUGCAUCUAUACGGCACAUCCAUAUGUGUCUGUACCUUGUGUCUACACCACAUACCUGUACCACGUGUCUAGACUGCCCAUCUACAACAUGUGUCCACACCACCAUCGGAUUAAUGCCUGCUGCUGGGUCAGCAGGGCAGGCAGGACACACAGAGGGGGCCACCAGCAGGAGCUGAGGGGCUCCAGGAGGGGAGUGACCCCGGGAGGCAUCCUCUGGGAGAACUCUGGGGGACUAAGCUGGGCUGGAGCGUGAUUGUGGAUAUGACAGGAGAGGGAGAAUAAACCUCAUAUUCUCCAAGGCCACCUCCAACCUCCUUAGGAAAAAAGUGAAGCUGGUUCUCAGGUUGGAUCCUCUCCCACUUUCUCCCCAAGCGGAAGACCAAGCGGGGGUCUGAGUGCCAGGCGUGCACUGUUGUGGGUCCUCUGAUAGUCCAGAGCUGGUGCCCUUGGCCUGGCCCAGUGCCUCCUUCCUGGUCACGCUCAGGCCUUGACCCUUAAUGGCCUGGUCAUCUCUGAGCAUUGCUCUGUGGCUGUGGCCUGACUGCGUGGCAGCUCAUAGACACUGGUCAUCUCUGAGCAUUGCUCUGUGGCUGUGGCCUGACUGCAUGGCAGCUCGUAGACGCUGGUCAUCUCUGAGCAUUGCUCUGUGGCUGUGGCCUGACUGUGUGGCAGCUCGUAGACGCUGGUCAUCUCUGAGCAUUGCUCUGUGGCUGUGGCCUGAUUGCGUGGCAGCUCGUAGACGCUGGUCAUCUCUGAGCAUUGCUCUGUGGCUGUGGCCUGACUGCGUGGCAGCUCGUAGACGCUGGUCAUCUCUGAGCAUUGCUGUGUGGCUGUGGCCUGACUGUGUGGCAGCUCGUAGACACAGAGAGGUGUCACAGGCUGCAAUCCAGGCUACCCAUGUAAAACCAGCGGGCCAUAUCUUCAGGGCUGUUGGGGUGCCCAACUCUACGGCUGCUGGACUUUUUUGUGUGCCGGCACUUCAGAGUCUGCAGAGAGGAACGAGGGGCCCUGGCCUCAAGCCAGAGCAGAGACGUAUUCCUGGACAAAGGGCCAGCAGCCCAGAGGGCUUCGAAUAGGGUCUACCCAGUGGGACAGACAGCCAGAACUUAACGGGAUGGAGGGAGGAGAAAUCCCUGAGAGCUUCCUGGGGGAAUCACUAUUCAAAAGCACAUUCUAAGUGCCUGUUGGGACGGAACUGCUUACAACACCCCUCUAACCUGGUGCUUGGUUCUCCCCCUUAGCAAAGGGAAGUGUUGUCACCCCAGAGGCUGCAGCUCAGGGGUCAGAGAAACUGGUUUUCUAGGGUGCACUCAGGCUGGGCUGCUUCUCUCCACUCUAAAGCUAAGUCUCUGCCUCAGCCUACAGGCUUGUCCAGCACCGCCCUAGGAUGCAGUUCCCUCUCUCUCUUGAGCACCUCACCCUGUGGGGAAUGGGGGACUCAGUGCCCCGCCCCCAGGGCCCCUGAGGCUCAGGACAAUCGUUGCCUUGGCUGGAUUGUUACCUAGGAGACAACCCCCUGGAAGAGGCCUCAGCAGGCCUGGGCCACCUGGAGGGAGAGCAGACCUGCGGCUGAGGAUGGAGGGCUCCCGGGCGCGGUGCUAGCCCUGCCUUGAGACACCCCGACAGCCGUGGGAAGAGCCGUGGGAUCCCCUAUUGCAUCACAAAGUGGCCCUGGAGGGCUGGUCUUUAUUUUGAUGAGGCUGAGAAGGGAAGGCUGCAGGCAUGUUUAAUCCGCACGCUUUAGACUCCCCGGCUGUGAUUUUUGACAAUGGCUCGGGGCUCUGCAAAGCGGGCCUGUCUGGGGAGUUUGGACCCCGGCACAUCGUCAGCUCCAUCGUGGGGUACCUGAAAUUCCAGGCACCCUCAGCAGGGGCCAACCAGAAGAAGUACUUUGUGGGGGAGGAGGCGCUGUACAAGCAGGAGGCCCUGCAGCUGCACUCCCCCAUCGAGCGUGCCCUGAUCACAGGGUGGGAUGAUGUGGAGAGGCUCUGGAAGCAUCUCUUUGAGUGGGAGCUGGGCGUGAAACCCAGCGACCAACCCCUGCUCGCGACGGAGCCCUCCCUGAACCCCAGGGAGAACCGCGAGAAAAUGGCGGAAGUCAUGUUCGAGAACUUCGGCGUGCCCGCUUUCUACCUGUCGGACCAGGCGGUGCUGGCUCUCUACGCCUCGGCCUGUGUCACAGGCCUGGUGGUGGACAGCGGGGAUGGGGUCACCUGCACUGUCCCCAUCUUCGAGGGUUACUCCUUGCCCCACGCAGUCACCAAGCUCCACGUGGCGGGCAGGGACAUCACAGAGCUCCUCAUGCGGCUGCUCCUGGCCAGCGGCCACACCUUCCCCUGCGAGCUGGACAAGGGUCUCGUGGACGACAUCAAAAAGAAGCUGUGCUACGUGGCCUUGGAGCCCGAGAAGGAGCUUUCCCGGAGGCCGGAGGAGGUCCUGAGGGAGUACAAGCUUCCCGACGGGAGCAUCAUCAGCCUCGGGGACCCGCUGCACCAGGCGCCCGAGGCCCUGUUCGCACCCCAGCAGCUGGGCAGCCAGAGCCCCGGGCUCUCGAAUAUGGUCUCCAGCAGCAUCACCAAGUGUGAUGCCGACAUCCAGAAGAUCCUCUUUGGGGAGAUCGUGCUGUCGGGGGGCACUACCCUGUUCCACGGGCUGGAUGACCGGCUUCUCAAGGAGCUGGAGCAGCUGGCCUCCAAGGACACCCCCAUCAAGAUCACGGCUCCCCCGGACCGGUGGUUCUCCACCUGGAUUGGAGCCUCCAUCAUCACCUCUCUGAGUAGCUUCAAGCAGAUGUGGGUCACCGCUGCAGACUUCAAGGAGUUUGGGACCUCCGUGGUGCAGAGAAGAUGCUUCUGAAGGCCGCUUCUCAUUGGGUACCGUGGGGGGUGAAUCCUAGCCCCAGCUUUGGGAGGAUGUUCAAUAAACGACAAAUGCCGGAA